CACUUCCAACGUGAGCGAGUGAGAGCGAGAAAUACAAAGCACACUGAAAAAGAAAAAUAAAAAAGAAAGACAAGAGAGAUAUAGAAAGGGAAAGAGAGAGAGAGGGAGGGUUCAAAGGUUCAACAAGCUUUUGCGUGUUGUUGAGAAGAAAACCCUCCGAGUCAACUCGGACGAGUUGCCUCAUCGUACGGUUUCGUCUUCGGACUCUGUCUUCUUCCCCUUACUUAAUCCUCAUUUUUUCCUCCCCGAAUCGUCGUUUGCUGGGUUUUGCACUGUUUCUUUUCGUUUCGUGUUCAGAUCUCGCAUUGAUUUCAGCGAGUACGAAUUCUAGUUUCAGCCGAAUCUGACGCUGUUCAACUUCUUUCCCUUGAUAAGGGAUUUUAGGUGAAUAUUUGAAGUCAUGGUUUGGUUGAUGUGAGAAAUUAAUGAUCCUUGCGAGACAUUGGAAUAAAGCGUUCACUGUAGUUGACAACUACUUGGGAGGGAAGAAAACGAAUCUUUCUUCCGCUGUUGUCUUGUGCUGUGGUUGUUGUUCUGUUGAUGUCUCGGAAACUCGACAGCCCUGUGCAGACUCAGAUGGCUGUGGCAGUGAUAAGGAGCAGUCCCCUUGGGAGAGAGUAUCAUGGGAAGCAACCCGCAGGACGUAGGCGCGUGUUUGUGCAAACAGAGAAAGGGUGUGUGUUGGGUAUGGAGUUGGAUCGGGGUGACAAUGCACACACUGUUAAAAGGAGGUUGCAGCUUGCUUUGAAUGUCCCCAUUGAAGAGAGUAGUUAUCUGACUUUUGGAGAUAUUGUGUUGAAGAAUGAUCUCAGUGCCGUUCGGAAUGAUUCUCCCCUUUUGCUCACUAGGGGAAAUCACAUCCAUAGGAGCUCCUCCACGCCGUGUCUUUCUCCAAAGGGGAGGGACAUCCAGCAGAGGGAUAAGAGUGGCCCUAUUGAGAUAUUGGGACAGUCGAAUCGCCUUGAUAGGAUCAAGCACAUGAUCAAGGACAUUAUGAAGGCGAUUAAGAUGGGGAUUGAUCCGAUUCCAGUGCAUAGUGGGCUUGGCGGUGCAUACUAUUUCAGGAACAGUAAGGGGGAUAGUGUUGCAAUCGUGAAACCCACUGAUGAGGAGCCUUUUGCUCCAAAUAACCCAAAAGGUUUUGUUGGGAAGGCACUUGGGCAGCCUGGGCUGAAGCGGUCAGUUCGGGUUGGGGAAACCGGGUUUAGGGAGGUUGCAGCAUAUCUUCUUGACUAUGAUCAUUUUGCCAAUGUGCCGCCGACUGCACUGGUCAAGAUUACGCACUCGGUGUUCAAUGUGAAUGAUGGUGUGAAUGGGAACAAUUUUUGGAGGAAGAGACUGGUUAGCAAGAUUGCGUCUUUCCAGCAGUUCAUUCCUCAUGAUUUUGACGCCAGUGAUCAUGGGACAUCGAGCUUUCCGGUUGCUUCUGUGCAUCGUAUAGGGAUUUUGGACAUUAGGAUUCUCAACACGGAUAGGCAUGCUGGGAACCUUUUGGUUAGAAAGCUUGAUGGCAUUGGGAGUUUGGGUCAGAUGGAGCUGAUCCCCAUUGAUCAUGGCCUCUGCCUUCCUGAAACUUUGGAGGAUCCAUAUUUCGAGUGGAUUCAUUGGCCACAGGCUUCAAUUCCGUUUACAGAGGAUGAACUUGCCUACAUUGAAGAUCUUGACCCUUAUCGUGAUUGUGAGAUGCUGAGAAUGGAGCUUCCUAUGAUCCGAGAGGCAUGUCUUAGAGUGUUGGUGCUGUGUACCAUUUUCCUCAAGGAGGCUGCGGCUUAUGGCCUUUGUCUUGCUGAAAUUGGUGAGAUGAUGACUAGGGAGUUCCGCAGGGGAGAGGAGGAGCCCAGUGAACUCGAGGUUGUUUGUUUGGAGGCGAGGAAGAUAGUGGCGGAGAGGGAGGAACCGUCUCCCAGGCCCUCUCCCAGGGCUGAGAUGAAAGAGGAUGAGUUUCAGUUUGAUAUAGAUUAUGAAGAAGUUGGACUAGAUUUUACACCAAAGAUGGCAAUGGAUGACGCUUUAUCCAGAGCAACUUUUCAGCCUGCAGUUGGGAAUGGAUAUGGUCGCAACCCGCUUUCCAAAUUGGAUGAAUGCAUCGAGGAGGAGGUAGAAGGUGACGGAGAAUCUACUCAGGAAUUUGUUACCUAUUCUGCUGAAGAAAAAAUCCCAACUGUUUCAGAACUUUCUGCGACACUGAAAAAUACUAUUUUAGAUGGGAAAAACCAGAAUCAACAGAAAUAUUCUGGAGGAAAGGUGGAUAGUGGCCAUUUUUCAAAUUCAUCGUCUGGUCAUAAGAGUGCCAAUGAGCAGCUUCCUGCAAGCAUAAGCUUUGUGGAUGUGGCAGACAUGACUGAAGAUGAAUGGACAUUGUUUCUGGAGAAGUUUCAGGAGCUGCUGUGUCCCGCAUUUGCUAAGAGGAAAUCGAUAACCUUUGGUCAGAGGCAGAGACAGAGGCUUGGUACUUCGUGCCAGUUUUGAAGUUGAGCAAUACAAUGGUAUGAUAGGGAGGACCAUAGAUGAAGAAGAAUAAGGCUUUGUAGGUUUUAGGGAAAUGCAUGAAAGGUUGUUAAAGAUAGUUCUGGUUUAUGAGAUUUGAAUGAGUGCUUUGGUUGGGAGAGAGAGCCUAGGAAAACCUGCUGUAAAUAUGCUUGGCAUCAGCUAAGUGGUGAGCCGAUUAGUUUAGUUGUUUGUAUUUUGAUUUUAUGAUUUUAUUUCUUCUUUACUCCUUCUCUUUGUAGGAUAAAAUUGUGAAAUGAAACUUGUGUAUAUAAUGAAAUGGCAUGUGCCCUUUUUCCCCCAUCGUCAA